AUUUAAAAGUUUACAGUAUUAAACAAAUACUUUAGUUGUAACAUAUUUCACAAAAGUUUUUGGUGAUUAUAAAUUUCAAAAAUAAGUGAACUUCCUGACGGUAUAUACGUUCAAAUUUGCCACCAUGGACUCAAGUUCCAACAAAGAAGUCAGAAGACUAGAAGAGGAAUUAAAACGUAAGACAAUAGAAAAUACACGAAGAAAACAAGAAAAUUCGCUACACACCUCGCAACCCGAAGGGAAUACUUCUUCUUCGUCAAAGCGGACAGAUCUAACGGGAAUAGAAGACACUCGAAACCAGCAAGGUGUUCUAUUUGAAGAUAUUCAUCAAAUUAAGGAAAGCACCGAAGAAAAUACACUUCUAGGGACCCAGUCUGGAAACAGAAAAGAUGGUGGAAGAAAUAAAACUUUGUCGGAAAAGAUUUUUGAGAAACGGGCGGGAACUACCGACAAGGGUAAAAAAUACGAAGAUCUGGUUACCGCUAACGUCGCACUGCAAAUGGUAAGCGACAGUAAAAUAAGAGAUUUCCACAUUUCUUCGAACGAUAAAAAUUUUGGUGAUUUUGACGACGUGGUUAUUGAAAUUAAGACAGACCAGGGAAUAAAAACAAAAGCACUGCAAUUAAAACACAGUAAUGAAAAAAGACAAUUAUAUAUAAAGCAGUUGGCAAGUAAAACGGGAAACUUCAGUUUAAUAAAAUAUUUCAAAUCUGCUCAAGAGGUAAAAGGCGAAGUGCAAGAAUUUAUAUUAUUCACCACAAAUACAUUUGAAACUUCAGAAGACACAAAAUUUAGACUAGAAGGAGAAGAGUUUGACCUGAAGCCGAUUAAAAAGACAGUUUCAGAAGACGAUUUCGACAUUUUAAGAGUUUCUGAAAACAUAAAUUAUUAUCAUACAUUUCAAAUCAUAGAGAACGAGUGGACUAAACAAAAUCCUGAAAAAAUUCAGCAGUACCGAACAUUCUUCGAAAGCUUUCGUCUUUACACAAACCAAGAACGUUUUGAAGAACUUACAAAAUCAACAAUGCAUAGAUUUAAUAAGAUGUUUUGCUCUAACGAAGAAAUUUUUAAGAAAUGCGUCGAGGUCAUCUCGGAAUGGAGUUUGAAAGACGGGAAAAAAGAAAAACUAAGCAAAAGAAUGAUUCAACGUGCAAUAGCGGUUCGUUUGCUCUCUUCUCAGAUCGAACCAUUUGUUUUUGGUUCAGUGACAGACGAAAUAAAAAUACUUCGAGAGGCUAUUUGUCUGUUCGACAUUACAUUGUUGAAAAAAGAAGGCAGCAACGCGAUUCAAAAUCUGUGGAGCGACUUGGACAAAAAGGUCGACCCGAAGGAAUUGAACAAAGUUCGAUUACUUUAUUCUCUUUCUUUUGAUUAUAUAAGUAGUGUCGAAAAUUUGGAUGCAAAUUUGUUGACACAAUUGCUAUGGCUGAUGGAGAAAUGUCCGCUGAUUGUAAAGAAACACGCGAAUAUGGAGAAAGCAAUUAACCUCUGUCCAGACGCAAAAUUUAUUAUACUUGGUGAAGGAAAAUAUGAAGAAUGGAUGAAAGAACGCUCUGUCUUUCAAAACUUAUCCAACUUGAAACCAAACGGUGAAUUGCGUGACAAAAUACUACAAAAUUUCACCAUUUCUCUACAAGGAAAAGAAGCAAUUAAGUUAGUGACCGCUUUCGAAAAAAAUGAAGAAAUUUUAAAGCAUGUUACUGUGGAAAAACUUUUAGAGAUGGCAAAUGGUCCUUGUCAGAUAGAUGGACAAAAGGAAGUUUUUCCCAAUCUUUAUAUCGAUAGAUAUUUGUCAGUCAAUAUUAUAGACAUUAAAUAUUUAGAACAUGUUAGUCGAAACACCGUUAUCAUUUUAAAUUGCGAAGGGAAUUCUCAGCAAUUGAAAAUAUCUAAAAAGCAUACUUUAACAAAUAUUCACGGCUUUUUACGUAAUACAGACUCCAAAAUUUUUGGUAAUCCAAUUUUCAUAAGGUGUGAAAAAAAUUGUAGUGAUUCUGAUUUCCAGAAAAUAUGUUCUAAAACACCAGCAUCCAUAAUUGUACACUAUUUUAAAUUUGCUAACGAACAAAACUUAGAAUGGAUUCGAAGCAAAGGCGAUGUUAAUGAACUGCGAAAUUAUAAAUUACCUAGUACUUCCAAAAACGAAAACGAAAUUUGGUCUUUCGAAUUCAGAAACAACAUAAACCUAAUAACAGGUGACCCAGGAAUGGGCAAAACCGAAUUAACGAAGAGUUUAAAAAACAACUGUUGUGCGAGAUAUUGGACCGUGAUUCUGAGCGCUCAAGAUGUUAUGACUUUCUUUAAAAAUUCAGGAAAGUCUGAAAUAUCACCAGAUUUAAAACUAUUCGAAACAUUGGUUUUAAAUGAAAAAUAUCGACACCUCACUGGGCUGGAUCUAGAAUUUUUUACGAUGUGUUUAAAACAACGCAAUGUGGUUUAUGUAUGGGACGCUCUUGAUGAAAUAUUUACUCACUAUUUAAAUGAUACUUCAGAUCUCAUUCUUAUGUUAUCACAAAAAGGUUUUACUCAGUGGGUUACAGCAAGGCAACAUUUAAAAUCUCCUCUUGAAGAAAAAUUUAAUACUCUGUCAAUGAGUAUCAAUCAGUUCAGCGAAGUUGAGCAAGAAAAUUAUAUUAAGAAACGUCUUAACAAUUUUAUUGCGCCUGCAGAUUUGAAAUCAACCAUAGACAAAAUUAAAUCCACGUUUGCAUUUACAAAACAUUUAGAUAUAUUAGGAAUCCCACUACAAAUAUAUAUGCUUACACAGGUAUUUCUGCAAAAUAAGGAACAAUAUUUAGAGUUAUUAAAAAAUAAAUUUCUCCUGACUGAUAUGUAUCAUUAUUUCAUAGAAGGAAAAUUAAAUUUUUUCUACGAAAGCAAAGUUCCUGUGAACAGUGUUUAUUGGGAAGAAGAAGUUCGGAAGAAAAAGGAAGCGAAAUUAAAACAGUAUGAAAAGUUAGCGGUCAAAGUAAUAUUUCCUGAAAAUAUUUUGAAACAAUUAAAGAUAGAUUCUUCGCAAGAUAUAGAUUCUGUUUCUGAAGAUUUCGCAACUGUUGGUAUCGUGACUGGUCUACAAAACGGCAUUCCGAAAUUUGCACAUGCUUCCUUUGCCGAAUAUUUUGUUGCCUUAUAUUUUUCUAAAAAUUUUGGAAUGAUUCGGAAGGACAUUUUUCUUGAUAAAAAAUAUAAUAAUGUACGUUUCUUCUUCGACAUGUUAACUGGCAAAAAUUCACCGGUCCACAUUGCGAUUUUAUACAAAAAUUUUGAUGAGGUGGAGAAAUUUGACGACAAAUUAAUAAAACGUAAAGAUGAUUGUGGAAGAAGUGCCUUACAUCUCAUUUGUUCUUGGGGACGAAGACAUGGGCGUUUAAAAGUACAAACAAAAUUGAUGGGUUAUGUUAUCGAAGCAAACAAGGAAGUUAUGAAUGCGUCAUUAGAAACGAAGGAAUAUUCUAAAGCCUUAUUGUUUUUGUUAGACAAAUGUGAAAUAUUAGAACAAGAUUUUUUAUAUAAAAUCACACCCUUAGCAUGGGCACGAGAAAGUGAAAGUUUGGGAGCGGAACUGGAAUUAUUAGAAUCACGCAAAUUACAACUGAAAGAUUCGUAUAGUCGAACAACUGACCAAAUUAAUAUGUUAUUUUUUGCCGCUUUGCACGGAUACGUAGAAGCGUUUAAAAUGGUUGUGAACAAACAAUUAUUUUCAUUUUCAAGUAUUUUUAAUAAAAAAGUCAAUUUUAUUACUGAAUUCAAUGGUAAUACGCCUCUUAUAAUAGCUUCUCAAAAGGGACAAGUAACAGUUGUAGACUACUUUGUCAAAUGCGGAGCCGAAAUUAAUCACGCUACUGAAAAUGGCGAGACACCGCUUUACGCAGCUUCCUCUCACGGUCACGAAAAAAUUGUCGAAUGCCUGGUGAAAUGCGGAGCCGCAGUCCAUCGCGCUAAUAGAAAUGGUGAGACACCGCUUUACGCAGCUUCCUCUCAAGGUCACGAAAAAAUUGUCGAAUACCUGGUGAAAUGCGGAGCCGAAAUUAAUCGCCCCGAUAAAUAUGGUCGGACACCGCUUUACGCAGCUUCCUCUCAAGGUCACGAAAAAAUUGUCGAAUGCCUGGUGAAAUGCGGAGCCGAAAUCAAUAGCCCUCAUAAAUAUGGUUGGACACUGCUUCACGUAGCUUCCUCUCAAGGUCACGAAAACAUUGUCGAAUGCCUGGUGAAAUGCGGAGCCGAAAUCAAUCCCGCCAAUGAAUAUGGUUGGACACCGCUCUACGCAGCUUCCUCUCGAGGUCACGAAAAAAUUGUCGAAUGCCUGGUGAAAUGCGGAGCCGAAAUCAAUAGCGGUGAUUAUCGAGGUUGGACACCGCUUUACGCAGCUUCCUCUCAAGGUCACGAAAAAAUUGUCGAAUACCUGGUGAAAUGCGGAGCCGAAAUCAAUCGCGCUACUAAAGAUGGCCACACACCGCUUUACGCAGCUUCCUCUCAAGGUCACGAAAAAAUUGUCGAAUACCUGGUGAAAUGCGGAGCCGAAAUGAAUCGCGCUACUAAAGAUGGCCACACACCGCUUUACGCAGCUUCCUCUCAAGGUCACGAAAAAAUUGUCGAGUGCCUGGUCAAAGGCGGAGCAAAAAUUAAUCCCGCUAAUUAUGAUGACAGCACAUUGCUUUACGCAGCUUCCUCUCAGGGUCACGAAAAAAUUGUCGAUUGCCUGGUGAAAUGCGGAGCCGAAAUAAAUCGCGCUGAUGAAGAUGGUCAGACACCGCUUUACGCAGCUUCCUCUCAAGGUCACGAAAAAAUUGUCGAAUGCCUGGUGAAAUGCGGAGCCGAAAUCAAUCGCGCUACUAAACGUGGUGUGACACCGCUUUACGCAGCUUCCUCUCAAGGUCACGAAAAAAUUGUCGAAUGCCUGGUGAAAUGCGGAGCCGAAAUAAAUCGCGCUGAUGAAGAUGGUCAGACACCGCUUUACGCAGCUUCCUCUCAAGGUCACGAAAAAAUUGUCGAAUACCUGGUGAAAUGCGGAGCCGAAAUCAAUAGCCCUCAUAAAUAUGGUUGGACACUGCUUCACGCAGCUUCCUCUAAAGGUCACGAAAAAAUUGUCGAAUGCCUGGUGAAAUGCGGAGCCGAAAUCAAUAGCCCUCAUAAAUAUGGUUGGACACUGCUUCACGCAGCUUCCUCUAAAGGUCACGAAAAAAUUGUCGAAUGCCUGGUGAAAUGCGGAGCCGAAAUCAAUAGCGGUGAUUAUCGAGGUUGGACACCGCUUUACGCAGCUUCCUCUCGAGGUCACGAAAAAAUUGUCGAAUGCCUGGUGAAAUGCGGAGCCGAAAUUAAUCGCCCCGAUAAAUAUGGUCGGACACCGCUUUACGCAGCUACCUCUCUAGGUCACGAAAAAAUUGUCGAAUACCUGGUGAAAUGCGGAGCCGAAAUGAAUGGCGCUACUAAAGAUGGCCACACACCGCUUUACGCAGCUUCCUCUCAAGGUCACGAAAAAAUUGUCGAAUGCCUGGUCAAAGGCGGAGCAAAAAUUAAUCCCGCUAAUUAUUAUGACAGCACAUUGCUUUACGCAGCUUCCUCUCAGGGUCACGAAAAAAUUGUCGAUUGCCUGGUGAAAUGCGGAGCCGAAAUAAAUCGCGCUGAUGAAGAUGGUCAGACACCGCUUUACGCAGCUUCCUCUCAAGGUCACAAAAACAUUGUCGAAUGCCUGGUCAAAUGCGGAGCCGAAAUAAAUCACGCUGAUAAUGAGGGUCGGACUCCGCUUUACGCAGCUUCUAAGAACGGCCACGAAAAGAUUGUCGAAUACCUAAAAAAAUGCGGAGCAAAAAAACGGUUCUCUCUGAUACCUUGGUUAAAUUUUUAGCUGUUUUGAUUAAAAUUAAAAUUUGUAUCUAUAAAAUGUUUUCCCAAUUACAGUGUUUUUCUUUUAGUUUUCAUCAUUUCUCUCACUAUUUGACAAAAGAAAUUCCCCAGUUUCCUUUGUCAAAAUUCUUUCGAUUUAUCGCAAAUGCUAUUCUUCUGUUUUAAUAAACAUUUUUAUUUUAGAUACAAGGACUGAAGGAAACGUAACACUUUUAAAUAAAUAUGGCUACAUAUAUAUAUAAUCAUGAACAAAUAAUUUUAGUUCUAAAUUUCAUUUCUGUUGAGGUAAUCUCCCACUUAUGUCCCCCUAUGUCAAUGUGUAACUUUCUGCACUGAUUAAACAGUUCCUCAACUGCGUAAGAUUUGUAGGUUUCAGAGGGAUCUAUUUAUAUAGAGCUGGGCACGUCCUUCUCAUACUUCGAACAAGUUUGAUCUUUUGUGGAACUGAGUUAAGAAAUGGGCUGUACGGAGGUAGAGUGACAAGAAAAUGUCCAUGGGUUCGUAUAAGUUGUUGAGUUUUUCAUUUCUAUGAAAUCUUACAUUGUCCAUUACAGUAUGUGCGCCCUUAAUAUUAUCUUCUUGUACGUGAUUCAAUAGAGUUGUUUAAAAUUCCCCAAAAUCCGGCCUCUCAGCUGAGCUCUGACGUUGUUUCCACUACAGUUACUUCUAGAAUGUUUUUAUAUUCCAAAUUCAUCAAAAAAAAGGUUUUUUGUUGGCUUUCUGGUAUAAAUGACACAGGUUUUAAGAAGUAGUGAAACUCGUUGACAACCCUAUCUAUGGUAGAUAAGGUUAUUUCUAGUUGAAAUUUUCUUCCAACAAUGUUAUUUUGAUUUCUUUAAGAGUUAAAACACAAUCGUCAACAAUCCAAUUGCUCUUUUUGUUUUUGAGUUAACUUUCUUGGACAUUGUCCAGCCCUUCUUUUUUCCACUUGAUUAGUCCUUUUGUAAGUUUUAUAGAUAAAUCUUAAUCAAAAUUUAUUCGUAGAUGGUCUCCCCAAAAAAUCAAAUUUUAUAACAAUAUUUUACAAUUUAAAUUUGAAAAAAUUUAUUCUGCAAAAUUGCCAAAUAAAUUCUUGAGGAAAAAACUGAGUCUGGUUGAUUUAUCAAUCAGUCCUCUCUUCUGCGUUGAGGAGAAAAAAUUAGACAAAUUUCAUUUUCUUUUAUCCGCUGUUGCUUGUAAACUACACGUGCUAAUAAUCGAAUUCUUUCGAAUUAUUAACAUAAACAGUCAAAGUUAAGCCUGUACUCAGCAAAUGAAAAUAUCUAGUUUUUUUCCCGUUAUCUCACUUAUAGGUAUCUCACUUAUAAAAAUCUCAAAAUUUUAUAAUGGAAUGCUAUGUCACUUGAAAACUUUAGAAAUAUCGUUGCAGUUCAAUAAUACGCAUACAUGUGUAUCUUUCAUCUGUCUUAAAAUAGUGUCCAGAUUUGUGUUAUCUUUAUUUAUUUAUUGAUCAUCAAACUAUGUCGAAUUCGUUCAAAUCCCGACACUGAAUAAAUAAACUAAAAACAAAGUUUAAUUUGAAAUCAAACAAAUCAAAACAAAACACUUUCUUUCAUGGAUAUAUAUUUCAAUUUAAUGACUAAUUUGACAUGACGACUUAUUUUUAAUGACACAAAAUUUGGAACUUUCGAUAAAUUAUUUUGAUAGUAUCCCAAAUUUGAAUUAACUGACAACCACAUGAAUACACACUCAGAUAAGCUUCAACUUUCACUUAAGGCUGGCGUCUGGUUCGGUUUAGCCCUAUACUAAUAAAUACAUUGAAAACAUCGUCGCGGUUUCCGGAGUUGCAUUUUAAAAAUAUGAGAUAUAUCGCUUUAAAAAAAUUAUAUUUCGAGUUAACAAACUUCAGUCCAGGGGACCUCCAUAUUUAUAUUCAUAUCUAGUAUGCAGUUUUUACAAAAAAAAUUAUAAAGUUGAACAACUUUUACAUCACAUUUUAACCGGCACAUUGAUGCAUUUUUUGAUGAAGUGCUGAAGUUUUUUGCAUUCUGAGAUAGGAGGUCCCCUGGGGAAAAAAGUCAGCUUUCUUUUGAUACCAUUUAUAAUAUUAAAAAAUCCACGACUGAGCUAAAUAACUCGCGAAAAAUCAAAAUCUAUUGAAACGAGAAAUCGGCAUUAAACGAGCUGUGAUGCGGUAGCAGAAUGCAGGUUUACUUAGAUUCUGACAUGGUUGGAGAUUUCAGUAUUUUAAAAAUGCAAUUCCGGAAACUACGACGAUGUUUUCAAUGUAUUUAGUAUUGGGCGAAACAGAACCAGACGCCACUCUUAGGUGAGUCAACAUCUAAAUAUAUUUAGGUUGUCUAACUAUGAAAUUUCAGUAGAAAUUUUAUUCGUACGUCCUGCUACUAUCUUCUAUCCAACUUUCAAAAUACAAACAAAACACAUAAACUAAGUACAUAGUGUUUCCAUAAAUUUUUACAAGUUGGUACCAAAACUUGUGCCAUUCGUCAAUAAUUACUAUGUAAUGGAUACAACAGUUAACGUCAACGAAUUUAAGAGAGAUUCUUUCGUCCACGUCAGAAUAACGAAUUUGAAACAGCAACAGGCGUUGUAAUUUCGGAUCCCCACAAAACAUGUCUGAGACGUUUAAAGGGUUUAAUACCACCAACCGAUCUGGACAAUAUCAAUAUAACAGCGUUUAAGUAAAACAUACGAUAAACGAAGUCCAAGCCAAAGGAUCUAUGCAAACUACCUACACCAUCAGGAGAAGGUUCAUAUUGUCAUCGUGGGAGCUACAAAGUGUCCCUACAUUCCGAAAUCACUGCAUAGAAAACAGUAUGGUGCGACCGAAAAUCAUCUUAAUCAAAGUGAUAUCAUUUGUAUUGCCAAACCACUCACAGGUAAAUUCUUUUAAUAUAUUGAUAAAUCAUUUCAGUCAGAGGACACUUUGAUUACGAUAGUUUUCCAUCGCACAAUUAAUUCUGAUUCGUAUUUUGUACAUAUAUUUUACAUUUUUUUUUAUCAGAAUCGCUCAACAGAUGCACUUUUCAUGUUAAAUAAAGACGCAUGAACAACCCAUGCUAAAGUCCACAUGAUUCGAUUAAGCCUUCAAUAUACGUACCUUCUAACAAACAUCAACGCUAGAUUCGUUGUUCGUGUUUUCACGACCCCUUUUUGUAUUUGCAUCUGUCGGGUGGUUCCAAUAUAAAAUAUCUAAAAAUUUUGAAAUAUGACGUGCCAUGAUACUUUUUAAUUAUAUCUCCAAAUUGACAAGAAACGACGUCAAGAAUGUUGUCCAUCGUCGGAUAUUUUACUCACUUCGUUUACGUAACAUUUGUACUAAGCCGUAGUUGUUCUCUUCGAGAGACAAAGUGACCGUUGGUUUACACUUAUUCAGAGUAUUUUGUGCUUUUCAUAACGACUUCUCUUAAAUGCACUUUUUUGACAAACUGACAAAGUUUGUUUCAAAGGAAAAGUGGGAAAUUAAUUGUAACCAAAUGCUAAAGAUGCUACAAGCAUCGCAACUACGGAAGUUAGUUCUCUUGGCAAAACUAACGGACAUAAAUGAAAUAGAUUUCAUUUUGGGAGAAUGAUUGAUAUAAGGUACAUACAAUACUACAAGUUACCUUUUUAGUUGAGCAAAAAUAUCGAAUACUGACGGCAACCUUGUCGCCGUUGUUUUAUUUAAUCAUAGUUUAAUCAUUGUAACAAAAGUAUCAUGACAUGUGAGCGAUAUUUUCAUUUUUGUUUAUUGUAGUUUAUAAGUUUAGAUAUUACUAGUAAUGAAACAAUGAUUACUCCGAACAACUGACUAUGAUAACCCUAUGUUUUCCAAGAGUGAACAGUUCUGUACAUUGUAAAUAUGUAAAUAAUGCAACAAUUAUUUUGUAUAUGUUAAAAUAAAUUGUUCAAUUAUUUUCCAAGAUUAGUCGGAUCUGCACAUUGUAAAUAUAUAAAUAAUGCAGGUGUUUUGUAUAUGUUAAAAUAAAUUGUUGAAUUGUUUUAGUU